AUGCGUCGCGUCAAGAAGUCCCGCAACGGUUGUGCGCGGUGUAAGAGCAAGCGAGUGAAAUGUGGGGAAGAGAAGCCUUACUGCAGCCGCUGCGUUCGUCUGGGCGUAAGGUGUCCUGGAUACGUCAAAACGCUGCGCUGGGUUUCUAAUCAGGCAUCUGCUGGAGAUGGUGGCCUGGAGCCAGCCACGGAUAAUGACCAGGUCCAAUUUGUACCCGAAUUUCUAUCUCCUAGAAAGGCAGAUCAGUUGCCCCAAUCUCAGCCGCAAAACCACUCAGAGAACUGUCUCGACUUGCACCGGUCUCCCCUGCCCUCAGAUGACUACAAGCUUCCCGACUUAGAUGGCCUCGUUGGCGACGAUGCCAACGAUAUAGAUGACCUCUGGGAUUUACAGGAGCCUGGAUCUUUACCAGAGCUGACCGAUCUAUGUCCUACCUCGCCCAAUUCAGCGGUAUCUGCUGGAGACCAGGCAGCUAAUGCCUCGGCCAUGGAAUUUGCCUCGCCAGCAAGUUUGGGCUCGGACCCUUGGGCUUUCUUCUCGUUAGCCGCCCCUGCGCUCCAGAACCAGCCCCGAGACUUCCCAGGCUUCGACCCUUCGAACAUUGUCCGUCAUUACCCCCCGCCGUCUGGCGUGCCUUCUCGGCCGGCCCCGCGGGAUCUCACGUCAAUCCCGCAGCCGUUGAACAAUCCGUCAUGGACUCUAAUUGAGUAUUAUUUCAAAGAGGUCGCUGCCCUAUUCUCUAGCUAUGACAGUCAGAUGAACCCUUUCCGUUCUACCGUCUCUCGUCUUUGGGGAUCCUCCUUAGCCAUGUGUCGCACAAUGCAGAGCAUGGCUGCCGCUACCCUUGUUAACGACUUCCCGCAAUUCGGUCCUAUGGGGAAGAAGCUGCGCAACGAGGCCAUUGAGAUAAUCAGCAAAGAGACGACCAUGGACGACAAAUCCCUGCUUGCUCUGCUUAUGCUCGGACAAACCGCCAGCUGGCAUGACCCGAAAGAUCUCGGCAUUCCUUACUUCAACCAUCUACGACGACAUUUGGAUAAUGCUGCCCUGGCCAAGGCAGCGAACCCAACGAACCGCGGUAACAACUACCAGUUCUUCGAGGAAGCUCUAGUGUAUUGGGAGAUGCUCCUUUCUUUCGUCGCUGACGACGCGGCCGUCCUACCAGCGCCUAAAACAAAUUCCAGCACAGCCGAUUCCCUCGUCUUGCAGCGCGUACCCCAUCCCUGGACAGGCAUCGCGCGCGACACCCAGUUUACUGUCCAGGAGGCUGGCCGACUUGUGAGAGCAGAGCGCAAACGGAUCCGAACUCGAAGGUUCACAUGUCAAGUCGACAUCGUCAACGCUCAGGUAGCUCUCGAAAAAGCCCGAGAACUCGAAGAACGGCUCCUAUCCCUCGCUCAUCCCACAGAAGCGGAAAUUGUCAGUCCAGGGGACGACGAAACCCCUGUCUGGCAUCUCCUUACCAUGGCCGAAGUUUACCGCUGUACAGGCCUGCUACAACUCUACCGUGCAUUCCCCGAUCUCCUGCAGCGGCGACUUCCCGUUCAACAGCAACACCACCAUUCACCUACACAGCAAUCCCACCCCACAACUUCAGCAACACGAUACCCAUUCCACCCCUGGCUCAACGAAACCUGCACACAACCAUCGCCUAGCCCACAGCCACCCCCAGACCAAUCCUCGCCUACCUACUACGACUCCUGGCUCACCGAAUUUGCCCUGACAACUCUCUCCCGCCUAAAAUCCAUACCUCUCGAAUCCCGUACCCGCUGCUUACAGCCCCUCCUCCUUGUCGCCUCCAGCAGCGAGCUCCGUCUCCCUCCAUCUUCCUCCGACCCUCUCGCUCUCUCAGCCAACGGGAAUGGCCCCUGCGUUUCCUCGCAUGCCCUCGACGUCUCAAGGACAAGGAGGUUUAUUCUUGGGCGCCUCACGUCACUUCAGUAUGUGCUGCCGCCGAAACCGAUUACUGUUUGUCUUGACCUGGUUAAUGAGGUCUGGCGGCGGAUGGAUGCGGGCGAUAAAGAUGUCUAUUGGAUGGAUGUUAUGAUCGAGAAGGGGUGGGAAACAACGAUGGGGUAG